AUGAAUGAACCUCGGCGACCAGGCCGUACGAACCUAGCUUCAUGUAUAGUGGCUACGGUCUUCUUAGUCCUCGCCGUCGCAGUUAUUGUCAUCGUUUACCUCUGCGUCUUCAAGCCUAAAGAUCCAAAGAUCGCCGUCCACGCCAUGAGGUUCCCGACGUUCUCAAUCUCCAACGGCACUGUCGACUUCACCUUCUCUCAGUACGUGGCUGUCAAGAACCCUAACCGCGAUGCCUUCACUCACUAUGACAGCUCAGUCCAGCUCGUCUACUCCGGCAGCGAGGUAGGGUUCAUGUUCAUUCCGGCCGGCAAGAUUGAUGCCGGGAGGACGCAGUACAUGUUGGCAACGUUCGCCGUGAAGUCGUUUCCGGUGACGCAGGCGCCGUUGAGUGGGGUGACGGCGUUGAAUGAUGGAGUGGGUGGGGUGGGCAUGGGAAUGGAGCCCACGAUGGAGAUCGAGUCAAGGAUGAAGCUUGUGGGUAGGGUUAGGGUAUUGUGGUUCUUCACACAUACAGUUGAUAGCAGAGUGAGCUGCAGCGUUGCCAUUGAAGUGAGUAACGGCUCUGUACUUGGAUUUCAUUGCUGAUGAUUUUGUCAGAACUCCAAAUUUUAUGGGAAAUUGCAUAUAAUUUCGUCAUUCCAUACCA